AUGAAAUCUCUGAAUCAUCUCUAUAAGCUAUGCAAUGGUACAAAUACUUCACGCAGUUAUUGCAUAGAUAGUUCCUUCAAAGCCCUUCGUUUUGCUAAAAAAUUUAGCACGCUCAAUUCUGAUACCAUCGAUGAGAUCUUUGAUCCCCAAAACCCUAAUCAGUUUAGUGAAUGUAGCCAAAACCCUGAUGGAUUUUCUAGAGAAACUUCCAUGGGUUUUCAGAGAAAUUUAAGUGGGGCUUAUGGGCAGAGCUAUAACAUGGGUGAUCAUGGUUUCUAUCGUCACAACCAAUAUAACAUCAAUGGGUCUUAUAAUCAGAAGAGUAGUGUAGCGAAUUUUCAAAUAUCAAAGAGGUGUUAUAGUGGCAUAGUAAAUUCUCAAGUGCCAUGUUACUCUCAACCUAAUGAGAAGUCGGAUAAAGCUGGUGAGCAAAAGGGAUUACUUGAGGAGCUUAAUGCUAUAUGCAAGGACCAGAAAUUAACGGAAGUUGUGGAGUUUUUGGGUUUACCUGAGCUGAACAAAGUAUCAGUUGAAAUGCUUGGAUAUCUAUUCUUGAUGAAAGCAUGUGGAGAAUCUCAGGCACUUAAAGAAGCUAAACUUGUCCAUAACGACCUCACAAAGUCAGGACAUCAUCUUGAUGUUCACAUUUGCAACAAAAUCUUGGAAAUGUAUUCGAAAUGUGGUUCCAUGGAAGACGCAUACAACGUCUUUGAUAAAAUGCCCCAAAAAAAUCUUGCUUCUUGGAACACCAUGAUAACAGGGCUUGCUAAAAACGGCCAGGGAGAAGACGCAAUCAAAAUGUUCACCGAAUUCAAAAAGGUCGGAUUAAAACCCAAUAGUAAGAUGUUUCAUGGUAUCUUUGCUGUAUGUAAAAUCAUAGGAGACAUGAAAGAAGGUCUAUCACAUUUCAAGUCAAUGAUCAAGACUUACAAUCUUGUCCCAUCCAUGGAUGAUUAUGUACAUGUUGUCGAUAUGCUCGGGAGUUCAGGGUACAUAAAUGAAGCAUUGGAAUUCAUAGAAAAGAUGCCGAUGAAGCCAAGUGCAGAAAUUUGGGAAAUUAUGAUGAAUCAAUCUAGGGUUCAUGGGGAAUUAGAACUUGGAGACCGUUGUGCUGAGAUUAUUAACCUUCGGGACCCUUCUCGUUUAGAUGAACAAUCAAAAUCUGGCUUGAUACCAAUAAAGUCUUCAGAUAAUGCAAAAGAAAACGAAAAAAAGAUGUCAUCAGAGUUAAUUAACAGAGCCAAGACUUUUCAGUUUAGGAGCGGUGAUACUUCUCAUCCUGAUCAAGAGAGGUUAUACAGUCAACUUAGGUAUCUAAAACAAGCCAUGAUAGAGGCUGGGUAUGUGGCUCAGACUAGAUUUGUACUCCAUGAUAUGGACCAUGAAAAUAGAGAAGAAGCUCUUUUAUUACAUAGUGAAAGACUUGCUUUAUCUCAAGCUCUUUUGACUACUCCAGCCCGUGCAGCAAUACGGAUAUUGAAAAAUGAUCGUAUUUGUGUUGAUUGCCAUGAGGCAAUCAAGAUUAUUUCGAAGCUGGUUGGGAGACUAAUUAUUGUACGUGAUAAAAAGAGGUUCCAUCAAUUUGAAAAUGGAGUUUGUUGUUGUAGAGAUAAUUGGUGA